GGAGGGCGGGCGCGGCGGCUGGCUGUAUAUAUCUCCGCGCACCCCGCCAGGUCGCGCACAGCGCCCCGAGCCCAGGCGCCUCCCCGCCCCCCUCCCCGCGCUCGGCGGCGGCGGCGGUAGCAGUAGCAGCAACAUGGCUGUUGAUGGGUGUUCGGGGUGGCGCUGGCGGCGGGAGGAGCUCCCCCGAGCCCCUGCGCCGGCCGCCCGUUGCUAGCUAUGGCAAAUGGUGGCGGCGGCGGCGGCAGCAGCAGCGGCGGCGGCGGCGGCGGAGGCAGCGGUCUUAGAAUGAGUAGCAAUAUCCACGCGAACCAUCUCAGCCUAGACGCGUCCUCCUCCUCCUCCUCCUCUUCUUCCUCCUCCUCCUCUUCCUCCUCGUCCUCGGUCCACGAGCCCAAGAUGGAUGCGCUCAUCAUCCCGGUGACCAUGGAGGUGCCGUGCGACAGCCGGGGCCAACGCAUGUGGUGGGCUUUCCUGGCCUCCUCCAUGGUGACUUUCUUCGGUGGCCUCUUCAUCAUCUUGCUCUGGCGGACGCUCAAGUACCUGUGGACCGUUUGCUGCCACUGCGGGGGCAAGACGAAGGAGGCCCAGAAGAUUAACAAUGGCUCCAGCCAGGCUGAUGGCACUCUCAAGCCAGUGGACGAGAAAGAGGAGGCGGUGGCAGCCGAGGUCGGCUGGAUGACCUCCGUGAAGGACUGGGCUGGGGUGAUGAUAUCCGCCCAGACGCUGACCGGCAGAGUCCUGGUUGUGUUGGUCUUUGCUCUCAGCAUUGGUGCACUUGUGAUAUACUUCAUAGAUUCGUCAAACCCAAUAGAAUCCUGCCAGAAUUUCUACAAAGAUUUCACAUUGCAGAUCGACAUGGCUUUCAAUGUGUUCUUCCUUCUCUACUUUGGCUUGCGGUUUAUUGCAGCCAAUGAUAAGCUGUGGUUCUGGCUGGAAGUGAACUCUGUGGUAGAUUUCUUCACGGUCCCUCCAGUGUUUGUGUCUGUGUACUUAAACAGAAGCUGGCUGGGUUUGAGAUUUUUAAGAGCUCUCAGACUGAUACAGUUUUCAGAAAUUCUGCAGUUUCUGAAUAUCCUUAAAACAAGUAAUUCCAUCAAGCUGGUGAAUCUGCUCUCCAUAUUUAUCAGCACGUGGUUGACUGCAGCUGGCUUCAUCCAUUUGGUGGAGAAUUCAGGGGACCCAUGGGAAAAUUUCCAAAACAACCAGGCUCUUACAUACUGGGAAUGUGUCUACUUACUCAUGGUCACAAUGUCCACUGUUGGUUAUGGGGAUGUUUAUGCAAAAACCACGCUUGGGCGCCUCUUCAUGGUCUUCUUCAUCCUCGGGGGACUGGCCAUGUUUGCCAGCUACGUCCCUGAAAUCAUAGAGUUAAUAGGAAACCGCAAGAAAUACGGGGGCUCCUAUAGCGCGGUUAGUGGAAGAAAGCACAUUGUGGUCUGUGGACACAUCACUCUGGAAAGUGUUUCCAACUUCCUGAAGGACUUUCUGCACAAGGAUCGGGACGAUGUCAACGUGGAGAUUGUCUUUCUUCACAACAUUUCCCCUAACCUGGAGCUUGAAGCUCUAUUCAAACGACAUUUUACUCAGGUGGAAUUUUAUCAGGGUUCAGUCCUCAAUCCGCAUGAUCUUGCAAGAGUCAAGAUAGAGUCAGCAGAUGCGUGCCUCAUCCUUGCCAACAAGUACUGUGCUGACCCAGAUGCAGAAGAUGCCUCCAACAUCAUGAGAGUAAUCUCCAUAAAGAACUACCACCCGAAGAUCAGAAUCAUCACUCAGAUGCUGCAGUAUCACAACAAGGCCCAUCUGCUAAACAUCCCUAGCUGGAAUUGGAAAGAGGGCGAUGACGCAAUCUGUCUCGCGGAGCUGAAGUUGGGUUUCAUAGCCCAGAGCUGCCUGGCUCAAGGCCUCUCCACGAUGCUCGCCAAUCUCUUCUCCAUGAGGUCAUUCAUAAAGAUUGAGGAAGACACAUGGCAGAAAUACUACUUGGAAGGAGUGUCCAAUGAAAUGUACACAGAAUAUCUCUCCAGUGCCUUCGUGGGUCUGUCCUUCCCUACUGUUUGUGAGCUGUGUUUUGUGAAGCUCAAGCUCCUAAUGAUAGCCAUUGAGUACAAGUCCGCCAACCGAGAGAGCCGAAGCCGAAAGCGUAUAUUAAUUAAUCCUGGAAACCACCUUAAGAUCCAAGAAGGUACUUUAGGAUUUUUCAUCGCAAGUGAUGCCAAAGAAGUUAAAAGGGCAUUUUUUUACUGCAAGGCCUGUCAUGAUGACAUCACAGAUCCCAAAAGAAUUAAAAAAUGCGGCUGCAAACGGCCCAAGAUGUCCAUCUACAAGAGAAUGAGGCGGGCAUGUUGUUUUGAUUGCGGACGUUCUGAGCGUGACUGCUCGUGCAUGUCAGGCCGUGUGCGUGGUAACGUGGACACCCUUGAGAGAGCCUUCCCACUUUCUUCUGUCUCUGUUAAUGAUUGCUCCACCAGUUUCCGUGCCUUCAAGGCUGAAGCUAGAUCACGCUAUCACAAAGACCCAUUUGAGUUCAAGAACGCAACUCCCCAUUCUCGGCUUGUGACUGAGCCAGUUGAAGAUGAGCAGCCGUCGACGCUAUCACCCAAAAAAAAACAACGCAACGGGGGCAUGAGGAACUCGCCCAACUCCUCGCCAAAGCUGAUGAGGCAUGACCCCUUGUUAAUUCCUGGCAAUGAUCAGAUUGACAACAUGGACUCCAACGUGAAGAAGUACGACUCUACAGGGAUGUUUCACUGGUGYGCACCCAAGGAGAUUGAGAAAGUCAUCCUGACUCGAAGUGAAGCCGCCAUGACUGUCCUGAGUGGCCAUGUUGUGGUCUGCAUCUUUGGUGAUGUCAGCUCAGCCCUGAUUGGCCUCCGGAACCUGGUGAUGCCACUCCGUGCCAGCAACUUUCAUUACCAUGAGCUCAAGCACAUUGUGUUUGUGGGCUCCAUAGAGUACCUCAAGCGGGAAUGGGAAACUCUUCAUAACUUCCCCAAAGUGUCCAUAUUGCCUGGUACGCCAUUAAGUCGGGCUGAUUUAAGGGCUGUCAACAUCAACCUCUGUGACAUGUGCGUUAUCCUGUCAGCCAAUCAGAAUAAUAUUGAUGAUACUUCGCUGCAGGACAAGGAAUGCAUCUUGGCGUCACUCAACAUCAAAUCUAUGCAGUUUGAUGACAGCAUCGGGGUCUUGCAGGCUAAUUCCCAAGGAUUCACACCUCCAGGAAUGGACAGAUCCUCUCCGGAUAACAGCCCAGUGCACGGGAUGUUACGCCAGCCAUCCAUCACCACUGGGGUCAACAUACCCAUCAUCACUGAACUAGUGAAUGAUACUAAUGUUCAGUUUUUGGACCAAGACGAUGACGAUGACCCUGACACAGAACUGUACCUCACGCAGCCCUUUGCAUGUGGGACAGCAUUUGCCGUCAGUGUCCUGGACUCACUCAUGAGCGCGACGUACUUCAAUGACAAUAUCCUCACCCUGAUACGGACCCUGGUGACCGGAGGGGCCACACCAGAGCUCGAGGCUCUGAUUGCUGAGGAGAAUGCACUUCGAGGGGGCUAUAGCACCCCCCAGACGCUGGCCAAUAGGGACCGCUGUCGUGUGGCCCAGUUGGCUCUUCUGGAUGGGCCGUUUGCAGAUUUAGGGGAUGGUGGUUGUUAUGGCGAUCUGUUCUGCAAAGCUCUGAAAACAUAUAAUAUGCUUUGUUUUGGAAUUUACCGGCUCAGAGAUGCCCACCUCAGCACCCCUAGUCAGUGCACGAAGAGGUAUGUCAUCACCAACCCCCCGUAUGAGUUCGAGCUUGUGCCGACGGACCUGAUCUUCUGCUUAAUGCAGUUUGACCACAACGCCGGCCAGUCCCGGGCCAGCCUGUCCCAUUCCUCCCACUCAUCGCAGUCCUCCAGCAAGAAGAGCUCCUCUGUUCACUCCAUCCCAUCCACAGCAAACCGGCAGAACCGGCCCAAGUCCAGGGAGUCCCGGGACAAACAGAAUGCAACAAGGAUGAAUAGAAUGGGCCAAGCAGAAAAGAAAUGGUUUACAGAUGAACCGGAUAAUGCCUAUCCCAGAAACAUUCAAAUCAAGCCCAUGAGUACCCACAUGGCUAACCAGAUCAACCAAUAUAAAUCCACAAGCAGCUUGAUUCCUCCAAUCAGAGAAGUUGAAGAUGAAUGUUGACUCCCAGGAGACCAGAACUAUUUUUUUAAAGCCUGACAAACUUCAUAAAUGGUGAUGUGACUUUUCUUCCUCCUACAUGCUGACUCACUGGUGGAGACGUUAGGAUAAGCAAGAAUUGCAAGAAAAUWAAGUAGACAGAUCUUUCUCUUUGUCUGCCUUGAAUAUUGCUUCCAUGUAUUUUGGAAAAGAAAAUGAUUUCAUUUAUAAAUGAACAUACUGAAAUAGUCAUGUAUAGCCUCUAGCAUUUUAAAUUAUUUUUAUUUAUUAGAAAGAAAAUAUAUUUUUUCUUUUUUUUCCCCAUUGUCAGAUAUCUUCCCUAUAUCAAAACAAUGCAAAAUCAAAAUGAAUGAGUGGCCAGACUCCUUGAUGCCUAUUUGUCUUCUUUCUCUCUUUUUCUUUGAGGAGAAUGAUGGUCACUACCACCAUUAAUUAUGAUUAAAGGGAAUGGAUUAUUAAAACAAUUUUAAAAUGGUCAACAGUGUAUACAUGUAUUUUAGUAAAUCCAGAAAAGAGGACAAAAGAGGGCAGGUGACUACCUGCUCCUCUCCUGGAUGGGUGUGUAUUUGGAUCUGCAUUGACACCAGCUCUUAAUAAAUGGAAACUUGUUUAUUUUCACAAUUGAAAGUAAARUUUUUGUAGUUUUAGUUUUCCUUCUGUAUUUCUCAUCCCUCUGUUCAUAUAUCUAAAGUGAAGACCUUCUUCCAGCUUUUCUAUGAUUUCCAGAUCAGAUUUAGCCAGCCAAUUAUACUGGGAAGGUUGGGCCUGCCUGGGAUGUGGAAGUUGAGAUUCACUCAAGACAUGGCUCUGUUGGUUGUUCUAAUAGCGGGGACUCCUACGUGUUGUUCUGCUUCUCAUUUCAUAUUUCCAAACCACAUGAGCAAGUAAUUUCAACUUUGGGUGCAGCUGGUGAACUUUCUUUCCCACCCUAAGACUCAGAGCUUUUAGCCUGAAAGUUUGUAAACACUAAUGAGCAGUAGUUUCAAAAAUAGAAUCUCAGAGGCACUCAUUUUUCUCAUUGAGUAUUUUUUUUAAAAGCCAGAAAAAUUCCAUGACCAAGGAGGCAACUUUUGACCAGAUUUUAAUCUAUUUAUUGGCUUUUCAGAUUUAGUUACUAGGACAAAACACACAAACUUGCUAACAUGAUUUUUAAAAUAACAACAAAAAGGAAAGCAACAAAUGCACUUAACAUAGACUGUUAGAAAUAGGCCUUUGAAAAUUACCAGCAAUGAAAUAAAAUGUAUCAGCCACUACAAACGGUGGUCAAAGAUUUUUCUAGCCAUCAGAUGCAAUCAUGAUGUCUCAGAGCUCUGCUGUCACUUGCAUGCUCAGUGUCUAGAUGCCACCACCACUGUUCUGUUCCAACAACUCAGCAAGUGUCUCAACUUCAAAAUUAUCCAUCUUGCAUAUGCUCAUCAGGGUCUCUGGAGAAGCAUGAAUGUGAUAGUGAUUUUAAUUUUCUUAAAAAUGUAAACUGUGGACACUUGACCAAAAUAACCAAAAUUUCCUUUAAAGUCCCAUGAUAUCUAUUCCAUUCACUCUGUAGGUCAUGACCCUGUGGUACCUAGUGAUGGUAGUGCAAAUCAGAUCAGAGCAAAGCAAUGAGAUCACAUGAAAACAUAUGUCCACUGAGUACUCCAAUUACCAACGUAGGCAAAAUGAGCUUCCACCUCUGUCCACUCCCUGCAGAGCCAAUCUAGUUGUGCUUCCACGUCGUAGGCAUCGUCCUGCAGUGACUUGUCAGACUGUGGUUACUCUGUUGUCACCUUUCGUAGAAUUAGUUCUAUAAAAGUAUUGUGAAUAUAACGUACGUCCAAUUGGAUUGUUAAAAAACUACUUAUAAUCAAUCACUAGUCAGCAGACUAAAAUGAUGUCAACACACUAUAUCCAGGCUUAUAAACAUUUCCUGGUUUCCAACAGAAGUCAAACAUGUUCCUGGGGACAAUCCCCUGCUAGGAUAUUGACAGCUUUCCUGAAAGCUAGGCCUUCUUUUACAUAAUGAUUUUUGCAAUGGGGUCACCUUAGUACAUUUGCACCUGCGCGCUCUUCUUUCCUUCAUGAACCGUAGUGGGCUCUAUUUCACUCUUGUUCCUAAUCACCACCUCUGAAUGUGCUGUAGUUCAUUGGUCUCCUCUGGCAGGCAAGGGUAACCAUUGAAAGAAUCUUCUAUUAGAAGAAUAUGGGGCAGAGUGCUCCAUGUAAUCCCCUCAUCCCUGCCCCUUCAUACCUAGGAAGGCUGGAAACAGAAGUGUAAACUCCACUCCAAGUCAAGUCCCUUUAUGUAUAGAGAUUUUAAUCUAAACUUUAAAAACAAAACAAAACAAAACAAAAAACCCAUAAUGACAAAAAUAGCUUCCCACGGUGAAGGGCUCCUUGGUUCAUCAAGCAUCCUCCAAAACCAAGGUGGUAGAAAUACAUUUUCUUCUAAUGUAGAGCAAUAAGUUCAUGCUGUUUCAACUUUGGAUAAUGAAUUGCCCUGGGCCAGAAAGCAAAAGCAGGCAUUUCUUUAAAAAAGAGGUAUGGGCAAAAUCUAUAGGUAGUGGCCCCUUGACAAAAAUUGACACCUGGUAAGUUGAAAGUGAAAUGGAAACAAAAAUAAAAUCUGUAGCAUCUCUGGGGUGCACAAGGAAAUACCUUGAUUUAUAUGUCUGUUGAGCUCUCUGUCCCUGAGCCCUCAUCCAUCUGUGCUGUGAAAGACUAUCUUGCCACCUACAUCCACCUGAGACCAGUGGUGAUCUUCUUUGGCAUAGUCUUUGCUAUAGGGAUCUGAUCUCCCAUCCCAGUCCAGGGUUCCAGAAAAGCCAUUUUUUCAAACUAGUACAACUUGGGUUCUUGGUAGUCAGACUCACCAACAGGCUGUUUAUAAGGCAGAAAACUUACUUAGAAGUUCAUCUGAACCAGCAUCACCUUUAUCAUUGAGCGAAUAAUUAUUUUUCUAAGUUAUUUUAUAUUUGAGAAUAUUGUUUUGAACCAAUAUAAAACACAUUAAAUAAGAGUGUGACUAAUUCAUGUUGGGGAACACUCAGGAGUGCCUUCCUCCUAAGAGUUAUGACAUCUUAAGACAUACUUUAUAAAAAAAGAAAUUGAUGGAAGAACACUUCAAAUAAACAAAGAAUUAUAGCUGCUUGUUUGGGGUUAGAAAGGGGGCAAAUGAGAAUCCAUAUAAAAUUAGGGACAUUUUCAUGUGGGAAGCAAAUGUGUCCUACUGAUAGUCUCAGGGUUCAAGAGCAAAAUCUGCAUAAAACUAGUUAUGAACUUUGAAAAUGUAUUUUAAACUUCCCAAGUCUCAGUGACCUUAAAAUGAAGGUAAUUCAUAGAGAUGGCUCCAAGGUCCUUCUCAGAUCUGAGAGGACAUGAUCUAAAGUAGGAGUGGGAUCAUAGAAGUGGCUGCCUGUCCUUGGCCAGCUCCUUGGAGUCAAUCUUGUCCAGGGUUGUUCAGGGUUGGAUGGUCCAUCCAGCUGUAUCACCCAUGUGGAAUUCCUGACCUGAAGAUAGUAUAUGUUUUCUGCUCUGGACAUAGGCUGGUCAGGUUCAUUCCUCUGCUUUUCAGUUUGGAAGACUGUUAGAUUCAAGAUGCAAAAUUAUUAGUUCAAAUUCACCUGAAUUGCAUUGAUCCAAUUGUUCUGCAUGUUUCUAGGUUUGUAUUCUCAAUCUCAUCCCUACCUUCCCUUUCCCUUGGUUCAAGGCCCAGUUUUGACUAAUUCCCUCAUCUCUAUCCCACACCUCCAAUGUCCAGUAUGUAGUUAGAGAUUUGAGACUCCUCAAAUUCCUGAAAUUAUUCCUGUUUAUGUUUUCUCAUGUAGAUCUGGGCUUCAGGAAGUAAUCUAUCUUACUCCUCAUUCAAUUUCCUCUGUAUUUGAUUUUUUUUCAUUAAUAUACCAAAUAUCUCUUUGUAAUUUUGGUCUAUCAUUUUAAUUGUCAAAGAGAACCUCACUGAAAGAAUGAAAGACUGAGAAGAGGAAGAAAGAUAGAAAGAGAGAAAAAGACUAUUCAUUAAAUUGGGAUGUGAGCCACCUUGACAUGUGUUCAGCUUGAACACUGAAUUUCAGUACAUAAUCUGUCCUUUUCUAUUCUGUUCCUAUAUGUUGCUUUUGUAAUGAUGGUAAAGCCACCAAUCACCAGGGCCCUUGAAAAGUGUUCAGUGAUUAGGACUUGACCCACUUUCUUUAGAAAACAAAAUAAACAGAGAAUUCACUUUUAAACUUCCUGACAAAAGAUUUCCUGCCCAUCUCCUAUUCAUGUUGUGUUGCCAAAGAGCAUUUUUUUUCUACCCACCAGAGAUGAUUCAAUAUUUAAAUCCCAUCAUCAUUAAAGGAACUGAUAAGGUCCUUUGGCUUUAUUUAUGGGAGAGUCAUAGUUAGAAAUGAUUUCUAGCUGAUUUGUAUUAGUGUGGCCAUGCUGAUUAUACAAGUAGAGUCCAUCCUGAUUACUUGCUGCCCAUGUAGUACCAGUUGUGAAUAAUUUCACUAUAGUCAUAAAAUAAGACAAUGCAGAGAAAUUUAAAAUUUUAUUUCUCAAUGGACUACAGAAUCUACUUUGUCAUUCUUUCAGUGAACUUGUUUAAAUCUUUAUGUGCUCAAAGUUAGCAACCCCUUGAGCCCCACAAUUCUUGAAGGUUUCACAAUAUUGUAGUCCCACAUGGCUAGACUGGAGAAAGAAUUCUGAGUCAGACUAUCUUUACAGAACUUCCUCUUUUGUUGCUUAAUUUUAGCAUGAAAAUGGAUUUGUGACUCUUUAUCUAAAGGGGAAACUCAGGACGUACAUUAAAGAACUGGGAAGAAAGAACAAAAUGAAAGAGGUACAGACAGUAUUUUAUGGUACCCUGAGCCAAGAGCAUGCAAGUGCUGCCAAGAGCUAGAGCUUGGAGUUGAAGGGAAGAAAAGGUUGCAUUGACCUGUGGGCUUGGAAUAAUGCAGAGGAAUAUAAUGUUUGGAGGUAUUUCAAUGGAAAAUAGGAAACCGGACUGUAAAGAUGUAGAUUAUGAGUACUUUUCACGGAGAAGGAUUAAUGGGCUACAGUGCAUUGGUAGGAAUGUGAUUUCAAGACCACUAGCUAGACCAUUUUGUCCACACUGAUAAGUGUGUAGGGGAGCUAAUAAAAACUAAAAUGAGACCCGAUGGAAAGGACAAGUAGUUCAAGGGCCAAACUAAAAAGUUUAGAGUUUAUUUUAAAAGUCAUAGAGAGCCAAUAAAGGUUUUAAACAAAGAGCCUGUGCAUUGUUUAGGUUGAAAAUUGAGAUGUUGGUUAUGUCUGGACAUCUCAGAGAAAGUGUGGACUCUGUGGCUCAGCAUUCCCUCAGCAGCAUAAAGUCCUAAGGGCUAUGCAUCCAUGCUGAUAACUCACCAUGUGCACACUCUGCUCCCUGUUGUGGGGCAUAUGAACACAGAUGUCCUGCACUAUUUAAUUAUUAGAAUGUCAGCCACAGAUCCAUCAAGAAAACUAAAGUGAAGGAGUAGGUUUUUACAUAUUUUUAAAAACAUCUUCCAAUUAUACUAUUUUCUGGGCAUUAAUAAUUUAAGAACAUGAGAUAGGCCAUCAACAAAUUGUACAGCAUGGUUAUUAGUCUAGAAGUGCCAGGUAUGGAUUCCUGUUAUUAAAACAUCCUGCCAAGUAAUCAGGUAGCCAUAGUUCAGUAACCAUUUAGUAAAUAUUUGGAAAGGAAAUGGGACAGGACAGCGGGAUGAGUACAGUAUAGAUCCUCCUAUAAUCCAACCCAUACCAGAAACACAUAGAGCCUUUAGAGACAGUACCACCUUACAGUAAUGGCAGGAGUUAGAACAAGGGAGAUGUGCUAUGGUUUGAAGUGGUUCAGCAAGAAGGGCUUAGGAGUUAGGUCAGUAGAGAGACAGCAUUGCAGGGCUAAAGACAGGACCAUCUGGUAUAUGGUAGUACAGGUGAUGUUAAUCAGUAACAGCUAAUGGAGAUUUAUUGAGUAGCCACCGAUUACUCAUUGUCUGGUAAAACUUUUAGAGAAAGCUAACACACCUGCCUAACUAGGAACACAAGACACACAUAUAUGAAGAAGAGCAUGUUGCAUAAAACAGGUGUUCUAUAAAUACUUUUUGAAUAUAUGAAAAUAGUGAGCAGUGAAUAUGGUCAUGGAUCAUAGUGGCUGUGGAUGCUUGGCUGGGGUUGCAGGGCUGGGUGUUGGUAUCAGGCUACAGGUUAUAGGAAAAGGUUCCUUGUGAAAGUAAUGCUUCAUUCAGACCUUAAGGGCAGGGCCAUGCAGAGGACUAGAAAGAAGAAAAGAGGACUGCAAGGGGAAUGACCCAAUGCAGACAUCUGGGAAAUGUGCUGCAUGCAUCCAGAGUAGAAGGGGCAGAGAGCCAUUCAUAAGAGAAGACCCCAUAAGCAGAGGGUGGAGAAGGAGCAGCUGAGAAGAGAUUGAAGCAGACCUCAUAGAUGUAGGAACCAGGUCCUUACAGAAGUCCUAAACAGAGGGAGCUUGGAUGAAUUCUCCAAAAGAGAAARUGUAGGUUUGGAAGAUCAGUUGGUAGAACUGUUUGGGAGGUGAAACCAUAACUUCAGGGGCUUAAAAAGAGAAAAAUAAAUUGAUGUCCUUGGAAUAAGAGAUCUGGUACUCAAGUACCAGGGAAAAGGAAACAAGAGAGAAAAAUUCUGAGAGGCUGAGUCUUUUAUGAGCGCAGAGAUGAGGGGAUUGGAGAUGAUGACUCAGAUGUAAAGGACUCACUGGAAAGAAGGUAGCACCUUUGCUUGUUCAUCUUUAUCUCCAGAGCUUGGCACAAAGCCUGGUCUGGAUGGAAAGACAGCUGGCCACUUUGGGUUACUCUGGAAACCUUGGAAAUGGAGGGAGCACAGGACACAUCAUUUGCUGUACUCUUUUGUGGAGGAUUCAAAACAGAGGGAUCUUGAUGUGGCCCUUCUUUCAUCUCCUAUUCAUGUCACUUCAUUGCUCCUUGUCCCUCCUUGCAGAGUGCACACUGGCAGCUUUAGUUUCAGGGACCUUAAGACAAAUGCUACAAUCAUCUUGCUUUGAUGGCUUUUCUGAACUGGGAAUAUAAGGCGAGAUGUU